AAUUAUAAGAAAUGCAUUCAAGAUGACUGGUUUAUAUUCAUUCUCUCUCUCCUUUUUCUUUUUUCUUUUUUGUGGAGAGGAGAGAUUACAAGACACAAAUUACCCACUUUUUCUAUCUCCUACCUAUACAUACACAUUACACACACACAUAUCUGUUGAUGUAACUUCCCAACUCUCAUGACACUUUCUUCAUGGACUUAGGCGUUGCCAUUCCCAUGUCCGUCGGUCCUUCCGCCUUGGAUGACGAUGAACUAUGGGAUAUGAAUUUGACAUCAAGGAGUGCAAUAGAUUCGGGAUUUUAUCCUGUGCGUGAAGGAGAGCCUGACUGUUCCUACUACAUUAGAACAGGCCUGUGUCGAUUUGGAAAUUCAUGCCGAUUUAAUCAUCCUACUAACAGGAAACUAGCUAUUGCCACUGCAAGGAUGAGAGGAGAAUAUCCAGAAAGAAUUGGACAACAGGAAUGCCAGUACUACUUGAAGACAGGAACAUGCAAGUUUGGAGCCACAUGCAAAUUUCAUCAUCCUAGAGAUAAGGCUGGGAUUGAAGGAAGGGUCUCACUCAAUGUCUUGGGCUAUCCUCUUCGACCGAAUGAAUUAGAAUGCGUGUAUUAUUUAAGAACUGGACAAUGCAAAUUUGGUAGCACUUGCAAGUUUCAUCACCCUCAACCAUCUAAUAUGAUGGUCUCUUAUCGUGGUUCUCCCAUCUAUCCAAUUGGAGCGGCAACAACACCUGGCCAACAGUCAUAUGCAGGAGGAAUUGCCAAUUGGCCCUUGUCCAGGGCAUCUUUUAUUCCAAAUUCACGCUGGCAAGGCCCUUCGAAUUAUGCGCCUUUGAUUCUACCUCAGGGGGUUGUAUCAGUUCAAGGCUGGAAUUCAUACAACGGUCAGCUUGGUUCACUUUCUCCUGCUGAGCAACAAGAGACUACCGGAAACAGUCAACACUAUGCAACAUCUCACCAAAGUGAAGUAGCUACUGGAGGAACAUACCCAUCAUACCGUUCUGGCUCUGUCCCAGUUGGAUAUUAUGCGUUGCAGAGGGAAAAUGUUUUUCCUGAGAGACCUGGUCAGCCUGAAUGCCAAUUUUAUAUGAAAACUGGAGACUGCAAGUAUGGUGCGGUGUGCAGGUUCCAUCAUCCCAGGGAGAGACUAAUUCCUGCUCCAGAUUGCGUAUUGAGCCCCAUGGGUCUUCCUUUACGAACGGGUGAACCAUUAUGCAUCUUUUAUGCUCGAUAUGGGAUCUGCAAAUUUGGUCCUAGCUGCAAGUUUGACCAUCCUAUGGGGGUCUUCACAUACAAUAUGGCAGCACAAUCACCAACUGAUGCUCCAGUUCAGCAUUAUUUGGGGACGUCUUCUGGAACUGGUACUAUGACAUUGUCUUCAGAAGGGCUUACUGAAGCAAGUUCGGUGAACCCCAGAAGAAUUUCACUGACAGAGACAAGACAAAUUCCUUCCGGUGAUAAUCAUAUUGGCUCUGAGGGAUAAAUAUUCCCCUAAAUGUAGCCUUGCAAGUGCCUUCUAACAUUUACUUGUACAACCUGCAAAAGUCGCAUGUACAAAUUCAUUUCCAUUGCUGGGGAUGUACCAAAUACAUAAUACAGUCUGUCUGGUCUUCUGAGAGUUUAAUUCAGUUGACAGGCUUGACGAAGUAUAUUUAUGUCCACUGUAUAAAUAUGCCACGCUUUCCCAAUUGGUAAUAAUGUCAAUGUUUAAAAUUCAUGA